UUUCUCGCAAGCACCGCCAUUACCUAGCGAUUAUUCCCCGUUUUGUCCGCCAACCUCCUCCUAUACCGCCAUGGCAGCAAUGGCUCCAAUCGCCGCAGCAGCAAUAACUUCGGCCCCGCAACCGUUGCCAAUUCCGCAGCCUGGUACUUCAACCGAUCGGUCCUCACCGCUCUGUACAGAAUCGUUGCUCGAUCCGAAUUUGUUGUCGCAUUUGUUGAGCAAAGGUGACAAAAGUCGGGAUGCUUUUCAGUACUGCAAGUCAGUUAUCGAAGAAAGUCUCAAUUCCAUCGUUACAUGGGCAAAAAAUGCUCCGUAUUUCGAGCAGUUACCGGCCAAAAUGGUGAAAUAUGUGAGUUACGAGUCAAAGAGUACCUAUAAAAAGUUUGUACAAAAGACUGUGUAA